CAGGGACUCCUUAAAGUCUCGGACGACCGGUAGUGGUCGCAAAUUUAAACAGCCAUCACAUCAACAAUACGCCCGGACUUUUACUUCACGGGCUGUGUGGGUUAUCGAUGCAUUUAUGAACAAGAAGAUUGAAUCCUACAGAAGAUUUCUUUAAGGUGCAAAGCUGACAGAAGCAGUCCAAGCUGACGGCAACAGCAUGGAAGAAGAAAUAAUAACGACCGAGACAGCAGGUGAAGAUGUGGCGCCCAAUGAUGAAGAGCCUAGUGUAGACAUUUCCAAUGACAGUCCAUCUAAAAGAGGAAGGGGAAGGCCAAAGAAGCUGAAGGUUGUAGUUACCGACGCCAACCUAAUGGUUUCGGGCAUUUCUAACGGUGAACCCCCACAGACCCCGAGAGGGAGAGGACGUCCAAAACUCUUUAAACCCACAGAGCAGCAAGUAUCAGAAGACAACAAUGCCGAUGAUUCAGGGUCCCAGAAAGAGACCAGUGAUGAAGACGACGCUUCACCAGAACAUUCUCCUAAGAAAAGAGGCCGGCCACGUGCAAAGCUGACAGAAGCAGUCCAAGCUGACGGCAACAGCAUGGAAGAAGAAAUAAUAAAGACCGAGGCAGCAGGUGAAGAUGUGGCACCCAAUGAUGAAGAGCCUAGUGUAGACAUUUCCAAUGACAGUCCAUCUAAAAGAGGAAGGGGAAGGCCAAAGAAGCUGAAGGUUGUAGUUACCGACGCCAACCUAAUGGUUUCGGGCAUUUCUAACGGUGAACCCCCACAGACCCCGAGAGGGAGAGGACGUCCAAAACUCAUUAAACCCACAGAGCAGCAAGGAUCAGAAGACAACAAUGCCGAUGAUUCAGGGUCCCAGAAAGAGACCAGUGAUGAAGACGACGCUUCACCAGAACAUUCUCCUAAGAAAAGAGGCCGGCCACGUGCAAAGCUGACAGAAGCAGUCCAAGCUGACGGCAACAGCAUGGAAGAAGAAAUAAUAACGACCGAGGCAGCAGGUGAAGAUGUGGCGCCCAAUGAUGAAGAGCCUAGUGUAGACAUUUCCAAUGACAGUCCAUCUAAAAGAGGAAGGGGAAGGCCAAAGAAGCUGAAGGUUGUAGUUACCGACGCCAACCUAAUGGUUUCGGGCAUUUCUAACGGUGAACCCCCCACAGACCCCGAGAGGGAGAGGACGUCCAAAACUCAUUAAACCCACAGAGCAGCAAGGAUCAGAAGACAACAAUGCCGAUGAUUCAGGGUCCCAGAAAGAGACCAGUGAUGAAGACGACGCUUCACCAGAACAUUCUCCUAAGAAAAGAGGCCGGCCACGUGCAAAGCUGACAGAAGCAGUCCAAGCUGACGGCAACAGCAUGGAAGAAGAAAUAAUAACGACCGAGGCAGCAGGUGAAGAUGUGGCGCCCAAUGAUGAAGAGCCUAGUGUAGACAUUUCCAAUGACAGUCCAUCUAAAAGAGGAAGGGGAAGGCCAAAGAAGCUGAAGGUUGUAGUUACCGACGCCAACCUAAUGGUUUCGGGCAUUUCUAACGGUGAACCCCCACAGACCCCGAGAGGGAGAGGACGUCCAAAACUCAUUAAACCCACAGAGCAGCAAGGAUCAGAAGACAACAAUGCCGAUGAUUCAGGGUCCCAGAAAGAGGCCAGUGAUGAAGACGACGCUUCACUAGAACAUUCUCCUAAGAAAAGAGGCCGGCCACGUGCAAAGCUGACAGAAGCAGUCCAAGCUGACGGCAACAGCAUGGAAGAAGAAAUAAUAAAGACCGAGGCAGCAGGUGAAGAUGUGGCGCCCAAUGAUGAAGAGCCUAGUGUAGACAUUUCCAAUGACAGUCCAUCUAAAAGAGGAAGGGGAAGGCCAAAGAAGCUGAAGGUUGUAGUUACCGACGCCAACCUAAUGGUUUCGGGCAUUUUUAACGGUGAACCCCCACAGACCCCCGAGAGGGAGCGG